UCAGAGAGAGCACACAAAGCUGAGUUCUGUAUCAGCAGAGUUAAAUAACAGCCAGACAUUAAGUGACUUCCUGCCAGGCACACAGGACAUGGCUUUGGGCAUGAUCCCUAAGAGACCACCUUCUCUGUGACAUCCCUUCUGAAGUAAACCAUAGCCUUGUGACAUCUCAGGAGCUGGGUUUCCUGAGUCAGGUCCUCAGAGAUACCUGUGAAAUGAGCAGAAGUAGGGUGAUGCCAAGCAGUAGCCUGGUGAGGCAGGGGAUGGAGCUAGCUCGCUCUACACGCUGCUUCACACCUGAGGAUAUCUGUGGAAAAGCCCUGGUCCUGAGCCCGGCCCCAGCACCGGGUAGAGGCAUGAAUAUGGGCGUGAGCUUGAUGGGGCUGCCACCAGUUGGCCAGAAACACUGCCCUAGAAGUGGACAGAUGAAAGCUGUGGUACUGACCUGCUCAUUGUGCCGAAAGGACCUGCAAAACUUGGGUGCUUGGCUCCUCCCCUGCCAGCAUUUGCUCUGUAAGAACUGUUUCCAGGGCUUGAGCCAGGAGCUCAGGCAGGGUGCCAGGGCUCAUGGGACUGCCCCUAAUGCGCUCAUCAUCUGUCCUGGGUGUAACCGAGUAUACCUUACCAGGGAUGUAAUUGAACAUGUUUUUCUAAAGUGUUUGUCUACUGCUCAAUCCAAGAUGGCCAGGAACUGCUCUGAGUGCAAGGAGAAGAGGGCAGCACACAUCCUCUGUACCUACUGCAACCGCUGGUUGUGCAGUUCCUGCACAGAGGAGCACCGGCAUGGCCCUGCCCGGGGGCCGCUCUUUCCCCGGACCCAGAAGGGAUCUCCAGGAGUGAAUGGUGGCUCUGGGGACUUCGCCUUGUACUGUCCUCUACACACACAGGAAGUGCUCAAGCUGUUCUGUGAGACCUGUGAUGUGCUCACCUGCCAUAGCUGCCUCAUGGUGGAACACAAAGAACACAGGUGCAGACAUCUUGAAGAAGUUUUGCAAAACCAGAGGAUGCUUCUGGAAAGUGUGACUACCCAGGUGGCACAUAAAAAAUCCAGUCUGCAGACAUCUGCAAAGCAAAUUGAGGACAGGAUCUUUGAAGUGAAGCAUCAGCACAGAAAGGUGGAAAAUCAGAUCAAAAUGGCCAAGAUGGUUCUGAUGAAUGAGCUGAACAAACAGGCGAAUGGACUCAUAGAGGAGUUGGAGGGCAUUACAAAUGAGAGAAAGCGGAAACUGGAGCAGCAGUUACAGAGUAUCAUGGUUCUCAAUCGUCAGUUUGAGCAUGUGCAGAAUUUCAUCAACUCUGUGUGCAGCAAAACUAGCAUCCCUUUCCUUUUCAGCAAAGAGCUGAUUGUGUUUCAGAUGCAGCGAUUGCUGGAGACAAAUUGUAAUACAGAUCCUGGCUCCCCUUGGAGUAUCAGGUUCACGUGGGAGCCUAACUUCUGGACCAAGCAGCUGGCUUCUCUUGGCUGCAUAACUACUGAAGGUGGACAACAGUCCCGGGCAGAUACACCUGCUUAUGGAAGCUUACAGGGACCGUCAUCCUUUUAUCAAAGCCACCAGUCCCCAGUGGCUCAGCAGGAGACUCUUACCCACCCCUCACAUAAGUUCCAGCCUUCAGCACUGUGUUCCUCUUCUGUGUGUUGCUCCCACUGUUCCCCAGUCUCACCCUCCCUCAAAGGCCAGGUCCCCACGCCAGGCAUGCACCCAGCCCACAGCUUUAGGCAGCCCUCUGAGAUUGUGCCCCAACAGCUGGGGCCACUGCAAUGCUCUGCCCUGCUGCCUAGGGAGAAAGAGCUGGCCUGCAAUCCUCAUCCACCAAAGCUGCUGCAGCCGUGGCUGGAAACCCAGCCCCCUGUGGAGCCGGAGAGCACAUCCCAAAGGCUGGGGCAGCCACUGACUUCCCAGCCGGUAUGCAUCGUCCCCCCACAGGAUGUUCAACAAGGAACCCAUGCCCAGCCCACCUUACAGACACCCUCAAUCCAAGUCCAGUUUGGCCACCACCAGAAGCUGAAACUCGGCCACUUUCAGCAGCACCCACAGCAGCAGCUGCCACCUCCACCACCUCCACCCCCUCCACCCCAGCAGCAGCCACCACCACCUCUACCUCCAUCCCAACAUCUGGCUUCUGGUCAGCAUGAGAGCCCUCCCGGGCCUGCCUGUUCCCAGAAUGUGGACAUAAUGCACCACAAGUUUGAACUGGAGGAAAUGCAGAAGGACCUAGAGCUUCUCCUCCAGGCUCAACAGCCCAGCCUACAACUGAGUCAGACCAAAUCUCCUCAGCAUCUUCAGCAAACCAUCGUGGGGCAGAUCAACUACAUUGUAAGGCAGCCAGCACCUGUCCAGUCCCAGAGCCAGGAGGACACCGUGCAGGUUACAGAUGAACCUCCAGCACCUGAAGGCCCAAAGCCAGCUCUCCCUCUUGAUAAGAAUACCGCUGCUACCUUACCUCAGGCCUCUGGGGAAGAAACCCCUCACAGUGUCCCCCCACUGGACAGCACCAUCCAGCACUCCUCUCCAAAUGUGGUGAGAAAGCACUCUACUUCGGUGAGCAUCAUGGGCUUUUCCAACACACUGGAGAUGGAGCUGUCAUCUACCAGGCUGGCAAGAACACUGGAACCACAGAUCCAGAGCGUGAGCAGCCUGACACCUAGCCCCCCACAGGUGGUACCAAGCCUGCUGAGUGGGCCUCCCCCAGCUGUGUCCAGCUUGACAAGUGGUCAAAACCAGGCCUUGCCUAGCCUGACAGCCAGUCACCUGCAGACCAUACCUAGCCUUGUGCGUAGUAUACCCCAGUCCAUGCCCAACCUACUGAGUGAUUCUGCGCAGUCCAUCACAAGCCUGGCAAGUGAUCACUCUCAGGCUGGACCCAACCUAAUGUCUGGUCCCACCCAGACUGUGCCAAGUCUGGCACUCUGUCCUCUGCAGAGCUUGCCUCCAACUUCUGAUACACAGCCGGAAACUGGAUCCAGCAGCAGUCCUGGGUCUGGCAGAGCUUCAGGGAGUCUAUGCCCCAGGGAUGGUGCUGACCCCUCUCUGGGGAAUACUCUGUGUAAGAUGGAAAGUGAGGAUUCCACCCACUUCAGUGACUCUUUGGGACAAGUUCCUACAACUGGACUGAAUGCUUCCAAGGACUUAGCUAUUCCCUCAGAACUAGAAGAGCCAAUUAACCUCUCUGUGAAAAAACCUACACUGGUCCCAGCAGUCAACACAUCCAUGGCUCUACAGCAGUACCGGAACCCAAAAGAGUAUGACAAAUUUGAACAUGGAGCCCUAGAGAUAGAUACAAAGGAGAACCAGCGUAUCAGACCCAUCAACAGUGAGCCCAAGAUUCCCUAUGUGCGACUGGAGAGACUCAAGAUCUGUGCUGCCUCUUCGGGAGAGAUGCCUGUGUUCAAGUUGAAGCCACAGAAGAAUGAUCAGGAUGGGAGCUUCCUGUUGAUCAUUGAAUGUGGCACUGAGUCCUCCAGCAUGUCCAUUAAGGUCAGCCAGGACAACAUCACAGAUGCCUCCCAGACCCCAAGUCUAGGGGGAAGAAAGGUCACUGUCACUUCUCUGGCUGGACAGCGGCUCCCAGAGGUGGAGGGAACAGGCCCUGAGGAACACAGACUCAUUCCUCGAACCCCUGGACCCAAGAAGGGACCCCCGGUACCAAUAGAAAAUGAGGAUUUCUGUGCUGUGUGCCUCAAUGGGGGAGAGUUGCUGUGCUGUGAUCGUUGCCCCAAAGUGUACCACCUUUCCUGCCACUUGCCAGCGUUGCUCAGCUUCCCAGGGGGAGAUUGGGUGUGUACCUUGUGCCGCAGCCUGACACAGCCCGAGAUGGAGUAUGACUGCGAGAAUGCCCGCUAUAACCAGCCUGGGGUGCGGGCCCCUCCUGGCCUGAGCAUAUAUGACCAGAAGAAGUGUGAGAAGCUGGUCCUGUCCUUGUGCUGCAAUAGCCUCAGCCUGCCCUUCCACGAACCUGUCAGCCCUCUGGCCCGGCAUUACUACCAGAUUAUUAAGAGGCCUAUGGACCUGUCUAUAAUCCGGAGGAAGCUGCAGAAGAAGGACCCAGCUCACUAUACCACCCCAGAGGAGGUGGUGUCAGAUGUGCGCCUCAUGUUUUGGAACUGUGCUAAGUUCAAUUAUCCCGACUCAGAGGUUGCAGAGGCUGGCCGCUGCCUGGAAGUAUUCUUUGAGGGCUGGUUGAAAGAGAUCUACCCGGAAAAACUGUUUGCUCAGCCAAGGCAGGAGGACUCAGACUCCGAGGAAGUGUCUAGUGAGAGUGGGUGUUCCACUCCCCAGGGCUUCCCGUGGCCCACUUACGUGCAGGAAGGCGUUCAACCCAAGAGGCGGCGGCGACAUAUGGAGAAUGAAAAAGCAAAAAGAAUGUCAUUCCGCCUAGCCAACAGCAUCUCCCAGGUCUGAAGGAUGGAAGGAGAUGGAAUGCUCUGGCAGCUGUGCCCCAACCUGUUGACCACUCCUCCCCACUUUUCAGCUCAUUCUCCUCAGAUCGUGGAUGUCAGACAAGUCUUGUCGAGCUGUGUAGUGCUCUUCUUUGCCAUUUGCAUCUUACAGCAUUUUUUCAGGAGCCAGAGUGCAUCCACUACAGAGAAGAUACCAGUAAUAAACAGCAAAGAGGGAGGUAUCCCUCUUUCAGAAUCAUCUAAUGUGUAGGGUCCACUUGACAAGACCAAGCCUGGUCAGACUUGGGGGGACCUUGGUGAAUUUGUUCUGCUGAGGAAAGCAGAUUUUUCUCACCUUUCAGUGUGCACAGGAGCAAUGUAUAUAUCUGAAUUCUUUCAGGGCCCAGAAGAGGGUAAAAGAAGGGAGAGAGGUUCUGACAUAUGGCAGGCCUGUAAUCCCUAGCCCAGCACAGCCAAAGAUUGUCACUAUUUGCCUUUGCUUGGCCUGCCGUGAUAGAGGCAUCUGCCCUGGGCAGGGUACUGGAGGCUUCUAGAGGCCAUAGGUCUCAUUGGUGCCUAUUCGGGUUCUAACGGUUUUCAGGGUAUUUGUUUUUCAUGCCCCCUUUCCUGAUGUUGACCAGAUGGCUGCUGGGAAAGGGCUGCUGGGAAUGCUAUGGCGUUCUUGACUGGGUAGGGUGGCUGUGCAGAGACUACUUACAUCUGCAGACUCAGAUUUCACUGACAGGCUUAAGAAGAUGUCAACUUUGGAACCUGUCAUUUGUGCCACUUAUUUUGGACUAAUAGCUCUUCUUUGAUGUCAGAACCCGCCUUCUUAAAAGUGACUGUUGGUGGCUACCCCUUCAUUAUCUUCAUUCAGAUAUUUAGAUCCUGAGUUCUCCUUGGGAAAACUGAGGCAGCUGCUAUCUGCUUUAGGUACAGAGUUCUCUGGGCAAGGAGACUGACCUACAACCAGCUCCCUCUGUGGGCCUCUCCUCUUGCUUACAGAUCCUAGUUCUCAACCUUUCCUCAUUCACAGAGCCAAAGAUCAGAAGUAAGUUUUCUGAUUCACCUGCUCCUAGACUGUCUUCAGCCUAGAAAAAGCUCUACUGGCAGCCCUUUUUUUUGUUGGAGGUUGGAGAAGGUCAGAGGGACCAGAAGGAGCCACACCUAAGCAUUCAUUGGAGAAUUUCUGUUUAGGGGAAGAAGGGGAAGGCUGAGAAGCGAGAAGCCAGUGUCCUUUGGUGACCCUAAAGCAACCUCAGGACUUGACUUCUUGAGCACAGAUAAAGUGUUCUGGAAGCCAUGGGCAUGGGAGCCCGAGGCUACAUCUCAGAUCUUUUUGGUCCAUACAGGGUGUCUGUGAGGAAGAGGCACAGGCAGAUGCUGGGCGGGGCAGGCCACCUCCCCAGCAAGGGCUUAGUUAUGAAGGAACCUGUUGUUGAUAUGGUGGAGCUGUGGAUCUGGUACUCAGUGGCCUGGCCCAGAGACACAGCUUGCCCUGGUCCUGUCAUGGCUUGGCUGAUUUCAGGGGAGUCUUAGAUCAUGGCUUUAUUUUGCUAAGAGAUGCGGUUUGAGGAAAUUAUUUGUAGGACCUUUGUUAAUGGGAAAAUAUUGAACAGAAAACAUUUCUUCUCUCCUUGCAAACAAUGACCCUGUUCAUUUCCUUCUCCACCAGGGCUGUGAGAUGUUCUUUACUUCAAAACAGAUUGUUUGGAAGUGUCUAUUUACUGGCCAUCCUUUCACGAGUACACUUCAAGCUACCAUCAAAGAGAUGGGCUUCCAUAAUUCUGUCUUCUAGUUUGGGGUAACUAAGCCUUUAAUACUCCAGUAGCCAAGCAAUUUUUGGUUUAGCCCUCUGCUCUUUGGGGCUCACAUGACUUUCUGAUUUGGGCGCUGGCCACCUCCCUUUUGAUAUUUGAAUCUUUUUCAUAUUUUAGUUGACUUAGCAGCAUUCUCUCUGCAAUUACUUUGCUUAAAUUACUGCUCUUAGUCAUCUUUCCUUCAUGUGGCCCACAUUCCCACCUCUCUGAGUGUGCUUCAUGGUGCUUUGUUUUGGGACGCCAAUUGAGAGCUAUGACAGCCUCAAGUUUGAUUGAGAUCCUUCCCUAGAACUAGCUGGAGACCACAAAUAUGAAGCAGAAAAACCUGAUUAAAUUCUUGGCUUCCCUUCUGUCCCUGAAGCUCCCAGUGUGGGUUUAGCCUGCUGAGCUCAAGGAUCAGCCUGCUGGGCUAGGAGACCCUAGUAAUGUGGUGGGAGGUCACAUAUUCCCUUCCCAACACAGAGCCCAUGCAUGCUGAAAGGCUCCUUUCAGGCACCUGACCAGGGAGGGCCGGGAGGUCGAGUGUCUUGUCUAUACCGGUGUGAGGCCCUGGCCCACCACACCAUUCCUUCUCUGGUUACUCCACGGCACCACUCUCUCCCUGGUUUUUCCUGUGUACUUAGCACCAAUGUUUUAGGUGAUUUUGUUUUGUCUUUGCAUGCAGAAAAUACAACAUGUCUUUUUAGAAAUGAACACAAAAAGGCUAUUAGCUGAAUGACUGACUUCAGUGGCUGUUUGCUAAUAUUUGAGCUGAAUCUGCUUUUAACUUAUUCCAUAAUGACCCCAUUUUGAAAUUAAGACCUCUGGCCCUUGACAAAGUCAGGAAAUGGAAAUGCAAUGAGUUCUGGAUUCUUGUGGUACAAAUGCCAUCUAGAGGAGAAGUUGGGCUUUUCAAGGUUGUGCUGAGAAGCACAAGAGUGGAGUGGCUUCAGCUGAUGCAAAAGGAAUUUAGUACAAAAACUGGUGCGGGUGGACUUGCAGAGCACUCUUCCAGAACAUAGGAAGACUUGCCCUUCUGUAACUCUAGCAAUGCCAACUACACAUCCUACCUGGCUCAGCAGGCACCCCCUCCUUGAGUGGCAACCGCCAGACAGCUAUAGGCCCUGCUCUGUCACAGGCCCUGCCAGCAAUCCCAGAAGACUCUGGCUCCCGGUAUUCAUUUCUGGUGACAUGUCUUUGCCUUACCCUUCAGACAUAGGCCCCUCCUUUUUUGUUUUUGGCCUCUGUUCUGCUCCCCCUUUCAUUCCAUGUUGAGAACUCCUGGACUGAGACUUUGCUUCUUCUGCAUCAUCCCCUGUGCUUUCUCUUCCUCUUCCUUCACUAUUUACCUAAAUUGCCCUGUUCCUUUAGUCCAUUUCCAUGACUUAAGUUAUUUCUCUUCUGCCAGUCUUAUAGCCUUCUGGACCCCUGCCUCUCCCCAGUCUGAACCUAAGGCUCAUCGUACCUUUUCUUCAGCAAUCUGAACUUUUUCAUGCCCCCCAACUUUUGCUGAAACUGUCCAUCUUUCUCCAUAUUCUGCAUCAACCUAUUUUGUCCUUCUACCUGAGCUGCUAAGCCUCACAAAUUGAUAGUUUACAGUCUCAGUUGGGCACUCAGUAUUGAUUUUUGUAUCUUUGACUUGUUCCUCUGCUUUCCAUCCAUGUCCUUUACCAUUGCUCUUAGUAAAUGACAGUCCUCAUUGUCUACUUCAAAGAAGAGAGUCCGUGAAGCAAGAGCUUCCUGUCUGCUCACUCCUCUCCCCUUCCCAUCUCUCUCUGUGUAUAUCCUCUUCUUCCUCCUCCUUGCUUCUAUUUGGUGCUCUUUGUCUUGAAUCCUAAUAUAUGUCUUCCAAGAGUUUACUCCAUCAUUUACCCUGCUGCUCCCACUUUCCAGGGUCUUCAACAUCUCUUUCCAUUGGUUACCUCUACAUAGCCUCCAAACAAGCAAAAUUCUCCCCAAGAUUAAGCAAAACUUCUUAGAAUCAGUUACCCCUUUCACUUUUUCCUUGUCAGCCAAGUUUCUUUUAAAAUCUUUUUCAUGGAGUCUUCUCAGUGACCACUCAACUCUCCAUAGUUUGUUUUUAAAAAAGAUACUAGUGCUCACCCAGUUGCCAAAACAAAUGGAUACCUUUCAGCCCUCAACUCUCUUGAACUCUCCAUAGUAUCUCACAUACCAUCUGCCACUUCCUCUCUGAAACACCUGCCUCACUUGGUGUUUAUGAUGCUAUAGUCUCUGGAUUAGCCUCUUACCUUUCAGCCACAUGCCUGAGCCCUCCUCAAAACCUUGAUGGGAGGAGAUACCUGAUGCUUUCUACAGUCCCUCCUCUUCAGAGUUGAUAGGCAGGGAGGAGCAUGGCUGCUCCUGCUCUCCACUCCCUGUGUCUGCCUGCUUGCUUUGAGUCUGUUUCUCUCUUGGACUGAGUUCUCAUGCCAAGCAUGUUUAUGAGCUCUGCUUGGGGGACAGUCUCUGGGGCCCAUUCCCCUCUGUCUUUCCCCUUUCAGUGCAGCACCAAGAAAGAUUUUAGCCAUGUUUGAUAAGAGAACCCAUCUAAACCAGGCCAAGAGAUUGGGUUGGGUCUUAUGAAGUAGUGGUUUGGCAAGAAGGAUUACUAGGCUGGUGGGCAGCGCAUCAUCAUGAUCCUCAUACCAGUUAGACCUGCCACAGUCAGUAGGAGCUUGGAAUCCUGGUAAAACGUUCUAUGCAUAGUUUAGUGCUGCUAGCCAGGAGACUCUUGGCAGGGCUGGAUGUCUGCUGCUGAUAACAUUCUGAUGGAGGGAAAACUGGGAAGUGCUGUGAUUCAUCACUUUUUUUAGGGCUCAGCUAGGAUCAGCCUGGCCCCCUUUAGCCAGGUCUUUCCCAUCUAUACUGAUUGUCACAGCCUGUUUGCUCCAAUUGUUCCUAGGGCAGAUGUCGCUGUUUUUCUUGGAAGUAGGAAGGUAUAGUAGAACAAUAUGUGACUUGAGAUGCUGAGCACCUACAUUUUGGCUCUACUAAUUAUGAGCUGUGUGACCUUGGAUACAGUUUUCCCAUAUAUAAAGUUGGGGAUGGGGGUUGAAAACAGUGAUUCUAACUGUAAAGCUCAGGCCACACAGGGAACAAGGGAA